AUGGCUGUCCAUCCUGCUUAUUCCUGCAUCAGAGGCGUUGCGCGGGCAAUACUGCAGGAUUUAUGUAGCCAGGAAAUUCCAGAGUCGGGACUCGCUAUCUCCCCUGCAUCUAUAGGGAUCGCGAUGGCCAUGUUAAUAGGUGCUGCCACCCCGUCGGACGCAGAGAGGAUGUGCACCUCAUUGGGCGUGGCGAGGCCAGAGAAAUUCGACGUUGUCCACCAUUUUCUAAAGCACUGCAAAGAUACCACUGCAGUAGCGAAUGCAUUAUUUGCUGACAAGGGGACAGUACUAGAUGAUGAGUACGCUCGCUUCUUGGAUGGGUUUGACGUCUGCGCAAACAUGGAAUUUCCACGCUUACUUGACGGACUAACCGCUAUAAACGGCUGGAUAUCGGACAACACCAUGGGCAUGAUCAAAAACAUGAUUUGCAAUGACAACCUUGCUCACUCUCACCUUGUACUCAUCAAUGCACUAGCAUUCAAGGGCAUCUGGAAAGAAAAGUUUGAUCCGAAAAACACCGUUUCAGACUACCAAUUCAAGGUCACGGAUUCAGAUAUUCGCCGUGUUGACAUGAUGUUUCGUUUUGGAGAAGAAAUAUUCGUAUGUGAUACACCAAAGUACAAUGCAGUGAAGCUACCAUAUGAAGCUGAGAGUCUUUCUGCAUCAACUUCAUUCAAGGCUUAUCUACCGCGUGACGGCGUAUCAGUGCAAGAGGUUUUGUCCAGCCUGUCUUCUGAACAGGCCCCAUUCCGCCAGAAAAAAGUUAGUAGGCUCGGGUUUCCAAAGGUUGACAUGUCCUAUGGUACGGAUCUUUUGGAGGUUUUCCAGCACAUAGGGACCUAUAUUCCCUCUGGUUUUCCCAAGAUGGGAGCCGGAGAAAAUAUUCUCAGUGCUAUCCUCCAUAACACGGCUAUCACGAUCGAUGAACAGGGUACCAGGGCCGUCGCUGCCACUGCUAUAAUGAUGACCAGGAGUGCGGUGGAGCCAUCGACCGUUCUUGUUUUUAAUAAGCCGUUUGUCUUCUCUAUCGAGUCAGAAACGACACAGUGUCCCUUGUUUAUGGGCGUGUUCUUCCCGAAACGUUGA